ACACGUCUUCCACCGCCAUCUAUUUUGAAUUUUUUGGGGUUUAUCGUACGGAAACUCUCACUCACACUCUCUCUCUAGCUUUUCUUCUUUCAAGUUGCUUCUUCUCUCGCUCUCACAUUAAACCUUCUCCUCCAAUCCUCUCCCGCUUUCGUGCGAGCUUCUCCGAUUCUCAAAGUUUUGAUUGCCCCAAUACUCACGAAAAUGGUUUACGCGGCCGAUAAAUUCAUCAACAACCCCAACGAUGCUGCGACUGAUGUCAUCAAGGGACUUGUGGACACUUAUCCUGGACUCCAGUAUUUGUUUGGCUUCGCCAUUCCUAAGGUUACGGUGGUGAUACAAGCUGGUGUCUCUGACAAGGUUGCCGUAAUAUCAGGUGGAGGCAGUGGGCAUGAGCCAGCUCAUGCUGGUUACGUUGGAGAAGGAAUGCUUACAGCUGCUAUCUGCGGAGAUGUCUUUGCCUCUCCAUCAGUUGAUUCCAUCGUGGCUGGAAUUCGUGCUGUAACUGGUUCUCAGGGAUGUCUUUUGAUCGUCAAGAACUACACUGCUGACCGCUUGAACUUUGGUUUGGCUGCUGAGCAAGCGAAGUAUGAAGGUUACAAAGUAGAGACUGUUAUUGUUGGAGAGGAUUGUGCUUUACCCCCUCCUCGAGGUUUUGCUGGACGCAGGGGCUUAGCAGGAACUAUUCUUGUAUAUAAGGUUGCUGGCGCAGCAGCAGCUGCUGGUCUUUCUCUAGAAGAAGUUGCGGCCGAGGCAAAAUGUGCGUCUGAGAUGGUUGGUACCAUGGGUGUUGCAUUCUCUCUUUGUAAGCUUCUUGGGCCGGUUACAUCAGACCGUCUGGGCCAAAAGAAGAUGGAACUCGGGCUUGGAAUUCAUGGAGAACCUGGUGCUGCUGUGGUUGACGUUCAACCUGUGGAUGUGGUGGUUUCACUUCUUCUUCAGAAGAUACUGAGUCCUGAGACCAAUUAUGUUCCAAUUACACGCGGUGACAGAGUGGUUCUCAUGGCUAAUGGCUUGAAUUUGGACUUGCUGCUGAUAGGGUGUAUACAGGCUUUUUUAAUGCUCCAACCAAGGCUCCAAGUUGGCCUGUUGGCACUGAUGGUCCGUGAAAUGUUGUUACAUGUUCUAUGUUUAGAUUCCGUAAAAAAAUCUGAGCAUUUUGUGUCUCUUAUUGUAUCAAGUUAUCCACUCUAUGAUGCUGCUGAAACGAUGUAUGCCAUUGGUGCAUCCAUCAGCAAAGCCAUAAGGGGCACAAUUGGAAUUAUAUACAAUUUACUCUGCAAGGCAGCUUACGCGGAGCUAAAAAAGGCUAACAUUGACGAGGAAGUCACUCCCAGAGACUGGUCUGAAGCACUCAAGGCAUCAAUAGCUUCUGUGAGGAAAUAUGGUGGAGCAACUGAGGGGUACAGAACGAUGCUAGAUGCGCUCAUCCCAGCUUCACAAGUUCUUGAAGAGAAUCUGAGCGCUGGAGUGGACCCAGUAACUGCUUUUAGUGUGUCAGCUGCUGCAGCAACUAAAGGAGCGAAAUCAACCAUACAGAUGCAAGCUCAGGCUGGGAGAUCGAGCUAUGUGUCUGCAGAGAAUCUUGCAACAGUUCCAGAUCCAGGUGCAAUGGCUGCAGCAGUAUGGUACAGGGCGGCGGCAAGAGCCGUGAGGAAGAAACAGCAUCUAAAACCUUACGAAGGUAGCGUUGUUCCCAAAAGCCCCACUGUCCCUUCUCGAGAUCGUGUGUUCUACUUCGACUUCCCCGACAUUGGUAGGCACACAUGUCGGGACCCUACCUUUGUCAAAAUUCUUGGUGCCGUCGAGGUGACUCCCUCCGGUGGCUCUCCUCGCUCAACGGUUGGGCAGUCCGAGAGCCUCUCUUGCAACCUUGGGGCCUCGGUUUCGGUUCGUGAAUGGGGCAUAAUUCGCUUCAAGAAGAACGGUGAGAAUAAAACGUUCGUAGCUCGGCAAGGAUGUCGGAUCACUGUACCAUUUGGAGGCAUUGUCACAUAUUGCAACAGCAUUGAGGAGAUUUCUCAUCACAGUGGCUUCUGGUGGAACCCUUACCUCUUGUCGUACUACUCUAUCCCUCCCCAAGGCAUUGUUGAGUUUCUUCGCACUCCUGACAAAACAAAAGGAGGUUACCAGUAGCUGCUGUCCAAGAAAAUAGCUGAAGAUGAAGAAUGACUCAGGGCAGACUUUUCCUUAUUUUUGUUAUCAAUUGAGGAACACUAGUUUUUUGUAGUUUCUGCUAGAGUGUUGAGAUGAUCAAUCUCGGUGUAUAUGAAAACCAACGUGGUCAAGAAUACUUCCAGCUGAUGAUUGUUCUGCCUCCAAAGGUCGGGCCAUGUUUUGAUAUCA